UCCUCGCGGAAAAGAUGGGACGAAGUUUCAGAAAGGACCUCGAGGUCCAAAAGGAUUGCCCGGUCCACAGGGUCCGAUUGGUGAUGAAGGAAGACCAGGAAAACGGGGAGAGGAUGCACGUCCUGGACGUGCUGGUGAUAACGGUCCACGCGGUCCACCUGGUCCGCCUGGCAAAGACGGAAAGCCUGGUCCAAAGGGACGCCAAGGAAACCCUGGUGAAGAUGCAGCCUACUGUUCGUGUCCAAAGCGUGGAAACAAAGACUCUAAAUCCACAAACCGUACUGUGAUCGACGAACCAUU